GAAGAAGAAGAAGAAGCUACAUAGCUAAUUAGCACAUUACUGAUUCAAGGGGCCUAUUUUUCUCUCGAUUUGGCAUGUAAAAUAUCAAGAAUAUCUAGAACCAAGACUGCAUUCCACUGUUCCCAUUGUUCUCCCAGUUUUGGCGGCAGCUUUGUGAGAAUGAAGGUGAAGAUCAGACAGUGGAGUGGAGUGGCCUCCUGGUCCUGGGUGGCUAACGAUGACAACUGCGGCAUCUGCAGGAUGCCUUUCAACGGCUGCUGUCCGGACUGUAAAGUUCCUGGAGAUGACUGCCCGCUGGUCUGGGGUCAGUGCUCUCACUGUUUCCACAUGCACUGCAUCCUGAAGUGGUUGAACUCACAGCAGGUCCAGCAACAGUGCCCCAUGUGUCGUCAGGAAUGGAAGUUUAAAGAGUGACUCCCUCUCGGUGCACCAAAAAAUGGACGCCUUACAGAACCUUUUUUGUUUACCACUGUAUCUGAGUUUGAUUUUGUUUAUAAUAGUUGUAUUUUUGGUUUCAUUUGUUGGAGAAAAAAAGUCUUUAAAUACAGAAUGUGUUUUUUAUAACAAUAUGAUUUGGAUAAAAGGAUUAAUUGGCGUUUGCUGUCUGUGGAAAGCCUGUUUUAUAUUUAAUUAUUCUGACAAAGACCUUUUUUAGGAUAUGUUUUGUAAGUAUGUGAGGAAAAUUAGCUUCAGUUUUCAAGUUUCUUUUUUUUUUUUUAAAUCAGACCCAAAUCCCAAUAUCAAUUCUUGUAGUUUCUUACUUCUACUCUGGCAUUCUCAUACAGUUUUAAUAAUGCAAAUAUAUAUUU